CCGUUGCCGCGCUCCGACAUUCCGCGCUUAGCCUCCGCACGCGACGGUUGUCGCGCCGCACGAAGCAUCGCGCGUUCCGAUAAACAUUGUGAUUGUGAUACUAUGUGCUGCCACGGAUCUUGUUUGUUUGUGAACGCCCUUGGAAGGGCAUAUUAACUAGUGCAUUCGGAAGUUAUAUUACGGUCGGAAUGCUAAAGCACGUGGCGGUGUCUCCGCACCGCACCCGCGCCGACUCCGUGAGCCUCUCGUCGUCAGCGUCCUGCUGCAGCCUCGGCAGCCUCGACAACCGGCACGACUCCGUCACUGACCUUUCGCACCGCACGACAACAAUAAAAGUGUACGCGCGUCGUCUCAGGCCGGACAUCGAGUACAAGACCCUCUCAGUGACGUGGGGCACCACGGCGCGCGAGGUGGUGGCCACCCUGCUGGGCAAGUUCCGCAUGAGGCACCGCGACCCGCGCCUCUUCUACCUCAGCAUGGAGGUGCGCGUGCGCGCCGCUGGCCUGCGGACCACGCUUGUGUUAGACGAUGACGCGAGACCGGCAGCGCUGCAGGCUUGCCAUCCUAAGGGAUACUCUAAGUUCUCACUCCAGAUGCGUCCAGGCGGCCUGGUGAAGAUCUACGACUCGGCGCUGAUGUCUUCCUCGCAGUACAAGUGCUUGUUGACCAGCGAGCGCACCACGGCUGACGAGCUUCUGGCCAUCCUACUCCACUGCUACGACUCCACGGAGGGCGUUGAGCGGUUCUCCUUAUAUGAGGUGUCCCCUUCCCAAGAAUACGAGCGGAAGCUCCAUCCAGAUGACCUCCCGCUGUUGGUACAGCGAGCGUGGCCGACGGACAGCGACUGUCACUUCCGCGUGCGGCGGAACCCGCGCGCACCCCCGCUCCCGCCCCUGCCGCCCCGCGCACUCGCCUCCACACCCGCCGCCGCCUCCGCCGAGGAGCCCGACGAAGAGCCCUCCAGAGCCCUUUCGGCCCUCUCCCUAGAAUCGGACGAAGGGAAACGAAAAUACAGCCCGGUGUACAAGUUUCCGAGCAUUAGUUACUGUAGGGACACAAAAAACGAUUACCUUUAUAUCUGAAGUGUUUUAUUGUAAAUAGUGAGUGUAAAGUGUAUAUACGGCGCGGGAUUGAAGUGGUAAACCAAAGAAAUGAAGGACAGGACGAGGUGAAAUAUGAUAUGGCUUUGAGGAUGUUGCACGUUGGUUUGGGCGUUUUUGUUUCGUGUACACGGUAUGCUUUGUAAUUGACAAUAUAUAGUCACACACAAUGUCUUUUGAAUUGUUUUCUUUUUAAUAAAUAGCAUGUAUAAGUAACUAUUCAAUAGAAUGUGGCGCGUGCUAAAAUCGCCCUUAUGUGAGUUUGAGACAACACGGAUUCCGUUUGCAGCUAGAAUUGUAUUAUAAUCAGUAUUGCGCUAGUUCAUACGUUUUGUACUACGUAAUGGUGUGUGGGGGAAGAAUCUUGAACACAGAAUCCUUUCUUCAUUAACGAUUAGUGAUUAUAUUUUAACUAUUGUUUGUUUUGUAAUCGUACAAGUAAAGCGAGAAUUUAACACGCAAUAGUUAAUUCCCUAAUAUUUGUGGAUUACAGUGAGUGUUUGUGACAAUAACGUCCGUACGUAUUUUUGAACAAUAGUAUAAAUGUACUUAUUUGAAUAUUUACAUUAUGCUAUUGUUCAGGAAAAAUGUUUUUACCGAUGGUAAAAUAAGUUAUACAUUAUUCCGCGGUAUUGACGUAAAUGCAGUUGAAAUGUAAUAAAUAAACGCCCAGUGUUGUGAGCUCAUUAACUAAGUUUACGAGCCACCACACAUAGAUGGCGCUAGUUGUUAAGGUGUUAUUUCGUUUAACACUGGCACUAUUAUAUUUUUGAUGGAAUAUAAUCGCAAACACGGUAUAUACAUUUUUAUAUAAUUAAAUAACAUCGAAAAUGAUGUUAGCGUUUCACCUCAAUGCAAAACAAUUUCUUAAAUUCGUAAUCUUUAAGAUGGUAAACUAAAUUUGUAAAUAAUCUUAUAUUGUAAUUAGCUAGUAGACACCAAAGAGGCAAGCGAGCGAAAAUAUUAUAAAGAUAUUAUUUAUCUGUUACAAUUGCAUUGUAUAAUUUAUUAUAAAGUCGAGGACACUUCGUUUUUAAUGGACAAAACAUUGUCUUCGAAUUUAUCUCGAGCAAAUGUAUGUAAUAAAUUGAUUCGUUUUUCAAA